CUCUGAGCCUCGCGCCUCCCAGUGCCCGACCGCGACUAACUGGAGACUUUUCACCACAUCCCACCCACUUCCACUAUGCGGGGGUAGUCUCCGAAAGUCUUGGCGUACAUUCUGGGAUGCACACAGCACACUGAAACGUGCGUUGUACCCGCUGAUAUGGCUACCCACGGGCAUCGUCUUCACGCAGUUCUUCUACACCGUGAAGUCGGUCAAUGGGCGCAGUAUGCAGCCAACGCUGAAUCCGGACACUUCGCCGUGGCGAGACUUGGUGUUGUUUGACCGCUUCUCCAUACGGACCUUGCGGAAGUAUGAAAGAGGAGAUGUGGUUGCACUGGCGUCACCACUCAACUCGAAACUUCUGGUCAAGCGAAUUAUCGCUCUGGGAGGAGACACGGUGAAGACAUUACCGCCAUAUCCUGACGCCGAAGUGCGAAUACCUCCUGGCCACGUAUGGGUAGAGGGCGAUGAACCUUUUCAUUCAGAAGAUAGCAAUACCUUUGGGCCCGUUCCUCUCGCGCUCAUCGACUCCAAGUUGAUAUGGAUAGUCUGGCCCCAGCAGCGAUUCGGGCCGCUACUUACACCUGCAGAGCCAGAUCCCAGGGCCUCGAGAGGACCCAGCUGGCGAGUCGAGAAAGCCGCGAUGGAAAGGGCGCACCGAAGGAACUCGCGCGUUACUACAGCUCAGCAGAGAGCAUCUCCACCUAAUGAGCUAGAUGCGAGGUUGCUUUGAUACGGGAUGGCGCUUUCUACAGCCCGUGCAACUGAUGGAAACAGGCUACGUUGCACAUUUGCGCAUGCACGCCGAAGAUGUCCGUACCCUAGGGCUAUGAGUACACUGGGAUUCAAUCUGCAAUAAUGUAGACAU